AAGUAGAAUAUUUGAAUCUUAUAUUUUGAAAAUUUUAAUUAGUGGUUUUGUAACAAAAAUAAUUUGACUCACCAAGUGAUGGCGUGUCAUCGUUGACUCGACGGAAUUUCUCAACCGCUCUCCCUCCCGCUAUUCGCGCCACGACACCAACCGCCAACUGCCUUUUCCUGGAACCAAAAUAGCCAUAAAAAAGAAGACGAAUGAAUUUAAGAGGUUGGGGGUAAAAACAAACGAGAAUCCGUCGAGUUAAUUUCGAGAAAUCGAGUCGUCGAUCUUUUUGAUACCCGGUUGGCAGCUGCGUUGACUGCAUCAGCCAACAUGGUCACCGGCGUGAAGUUUAAGAACCUCUUCCGGGGUCUCCAUUACAUAUCUCAAUUCCUUGGUGGGUUUCGGUGACCUUGAUGAUUAGGUUAUCUUGUUUCGACGAGUCUGAGACGAGUUUGUCGAACUCAUAAUGCAGGGAUAGAGGAGGAGGAAGAAGAAGAGAUGCAAAUCGGCAACCCCACCGACGUUAAACACGUCGCACACAUCGGCUGCGACACUCAAUCGAUUAAUAAUUCUCCUAGUUGGGUGCGUUUAAAUUUUAUUUUGAUCUUAAUAUUGUUUUUUUUAAUGUUUUAUAAGGGUUUUUUUUUAAACUUUUGUUGAGAAAGUUUUAUCACGUUUCGUUUAUCAUGCGUCUUCCGAUCUUGAUCUGACGGACGUCUCUGAUUGCCUCGGUCAGAUGAGCGAGUUCCGAUCGCGCCCGCCCACAUCCGACGCGGAUACCGCUUCCGCCGACGCCGCUUCAGACCCCCACCCUGGCAGCGGAUCCAACACCCGCGACGAGGCGGCGCCUCCCCGGUCCUCGCGGCACGUGGAAAGCCCCAGCCGCGAAGGCUCCGUCCGGGGAACGCGAGGCCACCAGUCGUCCGGCGGCAACGACAGCCCGUCGAGGGAGCCGUCGGAUGGGACCAGAAAGGGGGCGCGGAAGCACCGCGGAGGCGCCGCCGCGGGCGAGGAGCAUCUCCCGGCCGUUACCAAGAAGCCGCACCGCCGCAAGCCCAAGGCCACCUCCUCAUCCUCGGCCGCCUCCUCCUCCUCCCCGAGGUCGAAGGCAGCGGUGGGAUCGAACGUAUCCGGAUUUGAAGAGCAGGUAUCCGACUCCUCGAAGCCCGUGGCAGAGGACGGUGAACCGAAAUGAAGGAUGCGAUCGCAGCUACGGGCUGAUGGUAGGCACAGAAUAAGAAGAGAAGCAAGUGAUUGAAAUCUGAAGAGAUAAACUUUGCAGAAAACUUAAAGACAUAAUUGUAAGAUUAUGGAAGAUCCAUUUGUCGGAAUUAGAUGCGAAAAAUGCAAAUUUGAAGGAUAUAUACGUAUAUAUAAUCAUGUAAUCGACUAAACUAGAAAACUAUGGAGAUAGCAAAUUGUUUGAUGGAUUAUGAGAUAUAUAUGGAAGAUUACAUGUGGUUUAUCUGA